AUGAGAUUCCACAGCGACUUGAAAAACAUUCGCACUUUUGCCAAGCUCACUGCCGCAUUCUCCUCCCUGGAGAAGCUGGUAUGGCUGCGUCUAAGCGAUGAAACGGCGCACUUUACCGUUGUCCCAGACACAGGGUCGCAAAUCUGGUCAACACUCCCAAUGGACUUCCUCUUCGAAAACACCACCAUCCAGUCCGCCGAGCCAGGCAACACCAUCAACCUCGAGCUCUCUCUCCAGCCCCUCCACCGCGCCCUCAAGUCCGCCCAGAACAGCAUCUCCGCCUCCCUGCGCCUCACCAAGAAGAAGGGCGUCCCCGUCCUGUCCAUGACCAUCACAACCACCACCUCCCGGCCCUCCCACGCAAACGCCCACGCGCCCCCGCGGCCCUCCCACGACGACCCCUUUGGCGUCGACGACGACGCCACCCACCUCGAGACGUCCCUGCGCAGGGAGCACGAGAAGAUCAUCACCCAGGACAUCCCCAUCCGCGUCCUGCACCCGGACACCGUCGCCUCCACCGUCCAGCCCGUCCUGCAGGAGCCCGACGUCCACAUCCAGCUCCCGCCCCUCCUCCAGCUCAAGUCCAUCUCGGACCGCUUCACCAGGCUCGCCCUCGCCUCCGGCACCAGCACCAGCAAGUCCCCCCGUCUCGAGAUCAGCGCCAGCAUGCACGGCGGCCUGCGCGUCCGCAUCACCACCGAGACCGCCGACAUCUCCAGCGCCUGGACUGAUCUCGACAACCCGGAGCUCGACCCCGCCCAGCUCAGGGUCCCCAUCGAGGAGCACCCUAGUACCAAGUUCCGCGAUCGUGGACCCGACGCCUGGGCUUCGGUCUACGUCGAUGGCAAAGACUGGAGCAGGGUCCUCAGUGCUGGUCGGCUUGAGGGGAGGGUCAUUGCGUGCUUCUGCCAUAACCAUUCACUGGUGCUGUAUGUGUAUAUACCACAUUACGAUGACGCCGGCGGCGAUGAUGCAGUCCUCACGUAUCAUGUACAAGCGUACAGUGCAUGAGAU